GUUAACCAAUUUAAAAAGUUAAAAAUAUUCAAUUUUUGUUUCAUUUUUCACAAGAGAUUUUCAAAAUCAACUCAAAAGUUAAAAGAAAAUAAAAGUCGAAGAUGGACAAACGUAUUCUGAGAAAAAAAAGCAACCAAGCAAAGCUUAAAUCGUUGACUGGUGGUGUGGAAGACACAUUGCCAACCAAAACUCACCAGAAAACCGAACGAGUUUUGAGGAACAAGAGCAGCAAAGCAACAUCUAAUUCGUUGAAUGGUGGUGUGGAAGACACAUUGCCAACCAAAACUCACCAGAAAACCAAAGAGGCUGUGAUUAACAAAGAAAACAACGCAACAUCUAAUUCGAAGAAUCAGCAUUCUGGCAAUUUAAAUCGGGUUAAAACUCCCGUUGAAAUUCGAUACAUUUCGAAGCAAUAA